CUCCCAGCAUUUACCCUGGCUUCUCAGCGGACGGGCCCUCGGCGAUCGGCGCGGAGAGGGGCCACCGCUGAGAGCCCAGUCCCAGCCUGGCCACACGGAGCCCAGCUGCCAAAAACUUCCUGCUGCCACCCGCCACCUCCUCUCAGCAUAGGACAAGGAUGGAGAUCCCUUUUGGCUCCUGCCUCUACGGCUGUUUGGCUCUGCUUGUCUUGCUGCCCUCCCCGAGCCUAGCACAGUAUGAGAGCUGGCCCUACCAGCUCCAGUACCCGGAGUAUUUCCAGCAGCCUGCUCCAGAGCACCAUCAGCGUCAGGUGCCCUCUGAUGUGGUCAAGAUCCAGGUCCGCCUGGCGGGCCAGAAGAGGAAGCAUAAUGAGGGCCGUGUGGAGGUCUAUUACGAAGGCCAGUGGGGCACCGUGUGCGAUGAUGAUUUCUCUAUCCAUGCUGCCCACGUUGUCUGCCGGCAAGUGGGCUAUGUGGAAGCCAAGUCCUGGACGGCCAGCUCCUCCUACGGCCCAGGCGAAGGCCCCAUCUGGUUGGAUAAUAUCUACUGCACUGGCAAAGAGUCGACCCUGGCAGCUUGCUCCUCCAAUGGCUGGGGUGUCACUGACUGCAAGCACACUGAAGAUGUUGGUGUGGUGUGCAGUGAAAAAAGAAUUCCUGGCUUCAAAUUUGACAAUUCAUUGAUCAAUCAAAUAGAGAGCCUAAAUAUACAGGUGGAAGAUAUCCGGAUUCGGCCUAUCCUGUCUGCCUUCCGCCAUCGCAAGCCUGUGACAGAGGGCUACGUGGAGGUGAAGGAGGGCAAGGCCUGGAAGCAGAUCUGCAACAAGCACUGGACAGCCAAGAAUUCCCACGUGGUCUGUGGCAUGUUCGGCUUCCCUGCAGAGAAGACCUUCAACCCCAAAGCCUACAAAACCUUUGCCUCAAGGAGGAAGCUGCGUUACUGGCAGUUUUCUAUGAACUGCACGGGCACUGAAGCACACAUCUCCAGCUGCAAGCUGGGCCCUUCAGUGUCCCGGGACCCUGUGAAGAAUGCCACCUGUGAGAACGGGCAGCCAGCUGUGGUCAGUUGUGUGCCUAGCCAGAUCUUCAGCCCUGAUGGACCCUCAAGGUUCCGGAAAGCCUAUAAGCCAGAGCAACCCUUGGUGCGGCUGAGAGGUGGAGCCCAGGUCGGGGAGGGUCGAGUGGAAGUGCUCAAGAAUGGAGAAUGGGGAACCGUCUGCGAUGACAAAUGGGACCUGGUAUCUGCCAGUGUGGUCUGCAGAGAGCUGGGCUUCGGGACUGCGAAAGAGGCUGUCACAGGCUCCAGGCUGGGGCAAGGGAUUGGGCCCAUCCACCUCAACGAGGUCCAGUGCACGGGGACUGAGAAGUCCAUCAUAGAUUGCAAACUCAACACAGAGUCGCAGGGCUGCAACCAUGAGGAAGAUGCUGGAGUUCGAUGCAAUAUCCCCAUCAUGGGCUUUCAGAAAAAGGUGCGCCUGAAUGGAGGCCGCAAUCCCUAUGAGGGCAGAGUGGAGGUACUAACAGAGAGAAAUGGGUCCCUUGUGUGGGGGACUGUAUGUGGCCAGAACUGGGGCAUUGUGGAAGCCAUGGUGGUCUGCCGGCAGCUAGGCCUGGGCUUUGCCAGCAACGCCUUCCAGGAAACCUGGUACUGGCAUGGAAAUAUCUUCGACAACAAAGUGGUCAUGAGUGGAGUGAAGUGCUCGGGAACAGAGCUAUCCUUGGCACACUGCCGUCAUGAUGAGGAGGUGGCCUGCCCCGAGGGUGGGGUGCAGUUCGGUGCUGGAGUUGCCUGCUCAGAAACUGCACCUGACCUGGUGCUUAACGCUGAGAUUGUACAGCAGACUGCCUACCUGGAAGACAGGCCCAUGUCCUUACUGCAGUGCGCCAUGGAGGAGAACUGCCUCUCCGCCUCCGCUGUGCACACAGACCCCAUGAGAGGCCACCGGCGCCUUCUACGCUUCUCCUCCCAGAUCCACAACAAUGGCCAGUCUGACUUCCGCCCCAAAAAUGGCCGCCAUGCAUGGAUUUGGCAUGAUUGCCACAGGCACUACCACAGCAUGGAAGUAUUCACUUACUAUGACCUGCUGAGCCUCAACGGCACCAAGGUGGCUGAGGGCCACAAGGCCAGCUUCUGCUUGGAGGAUACUGAGUGUGAGGGAGACAUUCAGAAGAGUUAUGAGUGUGCCAACUUCGGAGAACAAGGCAUCACCAUGGGCUGCUGGGACAUGUACCGUCACGACAUUGACUGCCAGUGGAUAGACAUCACCGAUGUGCCCCCUGGAGACUACCUGUUCCAGGUUGUGAUUAACCCCAACUAUGAGGUACCAGAGUCAGAUUUCUCUAACAACAUCAUGAAGUGCAGGAGCCGCUAUGAUGGCUACCGCAUCUGGAUGUACAACUGUCACGUAGGUGGAGCCUUAAGUGAGGAGACAGAACAGAAGUUUGAACACUUCAGUGGACUUCUAAAUAAUCAGCUCUCUGUGCAGUAAAGAAGACCCUGGGCCAGGCAUGACGGUUCAUGCCUGUAAUCCCUGCACUCAGGCUGAGGCAGGAGGAUUGCCACAAGAUUUAUACUCUAGACAUUUGACCAAGCUUCGGUUUCAAAAGAAAGGAAGGAAGAAAAGAAAGAAAGGGGGGAGAAGGAAAGAAAAAUGACUUAAUAGUCACUUACUGACUCCCAGGGGAAAUAUUGAUUGCCACCUCUUUGCUAGCCAGAUCCAGCUGAGAAAAAAGGUGCUCAUUCAUUCACUAGGCACUGCUGCCUGUCCCUGCCCUCAGGCCUUAGGGGCAGGGCUCUGGCACAUGGCCAUGGGAACUUGAUGACAAGCUUUGAGCAGCUUAUCCCAUCCAAGCUUGGCAUAUCCCAAGUGUGACAUCACCAUCCUCUGCAUAGAUGGGCCAUUUUCUUCUGGGAACGUGGCAGGUAUGAACUCAGCAACUGCAGAGGUGGUCAAGCUGAAUUCCAUUUUUCCCCUUCUUAGGUCGUUUCUGGAAAACUUGAAUAUCAAGACCUCUGUAUUAAGUUUUUUUUUUCUUCUCAUUGUACAAACUGCUGGGCAAAAUCAUCUUGAAGAAGGAAGGCUUUAUUUGAGCUCAUGGUUUGAGGAACCAAUCUGUAGUGGCAAAGAAGGCAUCGCAGCAGGAGCGUGAGGUGUCUGGUUCCAAACUCACUAUAUAGCUGAGGAUGGCCUUGAACCUCUGAGCUUCCCGCUUCCAUCUCCAGAGUGCUGGGGAUAAGACCCAGGACUUCACACAUGUAAGGCAGUGUGCUAUCAGUUGUAGCUGCUUUCAGAGCACUCACCCUUCUCAGCUGCUUUAAACGUGUACGCGUUCUCUGCCCUACCGGUCUGCACGUCUUUCUGUAUCUCUCUGCUCCAUUUGCUCAUUUUUACUGUGGGUCUGAGUGAGAGCAGUGAACAGAAGCAUAGCACAGCCUGAAUGCUACUCUGUCUUAAUUGUCUCUGUCCUCCGCCAGGCCAAUUCGUCCAUCACUCUUGAGUUAAGACUCACCCAAGUGCUCAGGACACAGGAAGGAUGCGGCUGGAUUCUUGCCAGGGUGUAAUAUGAUUGGCUUCUAGCACAGUUCCAGAUAGAUAGACAGUCCUUGGUUCCCACUAAACGUCAGGUACCAGGCCUCCACUAUCCACAUUCCUCUUGGCAUUCUGGUCUUCCAAAUUCCAACCAGAAUAACCCAUUCAGUUCUGUUCUCGGCGUUCUAGGGCUUUCGGGCCCAAAGUUCUAAGCUCUUCCAGAUUCCGCCUUCAAGCCUGCUCUCAAAACUCAAGCAUUUCACCAUGCUUCUCACCUCAGUGAUAAGUGAUCAGUGAUCAGUCACAAGUCUAAUCUUCUGUAUUAUACCUGACAAAAGUAGCUUAAGGAAAGGCUACGUUUGGCUUAUAGUUCAAGAGUCCAGUCCCUCACAGCGGGUAAGGCAUGGCGGCAGGAGCAGCGGGUUGCAUCCACAGUCAGGAAGUAAAACGAUAAAUGCAGGUGCUCAGCUUGCUUUCCCCUUUAUAUUCAGCCUACAACCCCAGCCCAUAGAAUGGUGCUACUGGUGUCUAGGGUGGGCCUUCCCUCUUCUGUUAAACCUCUUCUGGAAGCACCCCAUAGACCCACCCAGAGGUGCUUCCAUAGUGGUUCUAAAUCCCAUCUAGGUGAUAAGCAAGGCUAUCUAUAACAACCUCUUCCAGUUAAACCAGCGUCUGUAUUCUAUGCAGUUAUAGCCUCAACGUAAAGUACAACAGCAAGGCAUACAUCCCCAGGUUCCAAGGGAUGCCUGAAGACUUGGAUGGUUCUGACACAGGAUAGGAAGAGAAAACCAUGGGGGAACAUGGAAGGGGCCCUUCUUCACCUCAGAGUCUGGUUGAAGCUUUUGCCAGCUGAGAAUCCCAACACAGAUAACAUUGUGAAUGGUGCUAAUAUAGGGACAAUAUUCAUUUUGUAUAUUUAUAUACAAGUAUAGAUAUUUCAAGUAAGAAUGUUAAAAUAUAGCAAGGAAUUAUGCUUAAGGCCAAAGUGUAAAUGGCCUUUUUCUUUUCCUAGCGGUAAACAUACAAUUUCCUACAACUUUGCCAGAAACCCAAUUUACAGUAAAAGGCAUAUCUCAAGACCCCUAUGCUACCCUUAUGACCCAUGAUUUCAUCUUAUCAGGGCACAGUCCUAUCCAAGGUACCUCUGGAGCCACCUUAUAAUCUUAUUGUCAAAAAGGGAAGAGAUUAGGGGUGUGACUUAGAAACCAAUCAAGCAAUACCAAAGGCUUCUUGGAUUCCUGUGUAUAGCUAGUUAUUAAGACACUUAAGAACUCUUGUCCUUUGAGAAGCCCACACCCCAGCUCUUGGAUGUGCCUUACUCCUUCCCUGAGCAACUCUUAACCCCUGUAACUUAAAUUUAUAUUUAAAAUAUUUGAAAUAAACGUUUAACUCUCUGCUUUA